GGCACGCACGGGCACGCACGCAUAGGAGUGCGUCUGUUCGCUGCCACCCUUGUGUUCCUUUCAGAGGAGCCAGGAGAGGCGGACAGGACAUCCACACACCGGCUGUUGGGUCGGACCUUGGCGUGCGUAAUUCACUCUCCCCCAGACCGCCGGAGAGCUCCGACUUUUACCGCAACACAGGACGCAACGCGGACCAGUGAUCAGACCCCCAGUUUGGUGAUUGAAGAUGAUUCCUGUGCUGAUCUGUGCGCUGAUCUCUCUGAGUGUAGCUGCCAACGACUUAGACACUCUGUACCCUGAACUGGAGCACUCGAGAACCAUCUAUGUCACAGAAAACGACCCUCGACUCUCAGUGGCAGCUGACCAAUCGAAGGUGGUGUCGAGGCGAGGAGGAAACGCUACGUUACCGUGCAAGAUCCAAAUGGACCAAUCCCUGAUACCCAGCCGGAAGAUGAGGAUCAAAUGGACCAAGCUGACGUCAGACUACCUGAAGGAGGUGGAUGUUUUUGUGUCGAUGGAUUAUCACAAACGGAGUUACGGCACUUUCCAUGGACGAGUCCACCUGCGAGGCUCCUCUCCGAUGGACGCCUCUCUGGUCAUCACAGACAUCACCCUGGAGGAUUAUGGGAGAUACAAGUGUGAAGUUAUUGACGGGCUGGAAGACGGAACAGUGGUGGUGUCGCUCGACCUGGAAGGUGUCGUCUUCCCCUACUUCCCCCGCCUGGGUCGCUACAACCUCAACUUCUACGACGCUGAGCGGGCAUGUCGGGACCAGGACGCCAUCGUGGCGUCCUUUGACCAGCUGUACAAUGCGUGGCGAGGAAAGCUGGACUGGUGCAACGCCGGCUGGCUGAGUGACGGCUCGGUCCAGUAUCCCAUCACCACCCCCAGAGAACCCUGCGGGGGCAAGAACACGGUGCCGGGCGUCCGUAACUACGGACUGAGAGACAAAGAGAAGAACCAAUACGACGUGUUCUGCUUCACCUCACACUACAAAGGUCGCUUCUACUACUUGAUCCACCCGUCUAAGUUAACCUACGACGAGGCGGUCGGCGCGUGUCAGAAAGACGGCGCUCAGAUCGCCAAGGUUGGCCAGAUGUACGCCGCUUGGAAGCUGCUUGGCUACGACCGCUGCGACGCCGGAUGGUUGGCCGACGGCAGCGUGCGUUAUCCCAUCUCCCACCCCCGCAGGCGCUGUAGCCCCACGGAGGCUGCCGUGAGGUUCAGCGGCUUCCCCGACAAAAAGCACAAGCUGUACGGAGUGUACUGCUUCAAGGGCCACAACUGAGACACACACACACACACACACACACACACACACACAAGCACACACACACACGCACACACAGGUUUGUGACUCUAUCUUUGUGGGUCAUUUGGCGUCAUUGACAUAAUGCAUUCCCUAGCCCCUUACCCUAACCUUAACCAUCACAACUAAAUGUCUAACCUUAACCCUUACCCUAACCUUAACCAUCACAACUAAAUUUCUAACUUUAAUCCUUACCCUAACCUUAACCAUCACAACUAAAUGUCUAACCUUAACCCUUAGCCUCACCUUAACCAUCACAACUAAAUUUCUAACUUUAAUCCUUACCCUUACCUUAACCAUCACAACUAAAUGCCUAACCUUAACCCUUACCCUCACCUUAACCAU